AUGAUCACCACCUUAUCUUCCCAUGCGGCCUCGUAUGACGAGGAGGUGCAGGGCGACUCGUCCAAGGCGCUGGCAGAAAAGCCGUUCGUGGAUUGCGUUCUCAUCGACAUCCCUAUCAAGUACAGUCGCGCCUUUUCAUACCUGAGAGGUAUUCAGCUUUUUUUCUUGGAUGUGGUGCGCAAGCUCAACCGCGUCGGUAUGCGUGACAAGCGUAUUCUCUUUGUCACAGACUGCACGAUCAACGUAGCCUCGUCACAGGGGCAGGUCUCGCGGGGCGCCAAAGUCGAAGACAUCGCUGAGCUUAUCUGCAAUGCCGAGACACACGCCAUUGGCGUCCGCAUGCGGACUCGACCUUUCGCCAUUACACCCCAGGACUUCGUCCGUUGGAACUGCUUUCACGAGAUGUCGGUGGACUUCUUACUGCUUGCAACCUCUGCGGCGCAGUAUGCAUCACUCCUGCAGGUGAUGCGCUUUGUGUACCACACACGCACCCACGAGGUGCUGCAGUGCCGCCCACUCAGGAAGCGUGAGGUGUGGAGUGCGUCAUUGGUCUUGGCGCCUGACGGGUCGCGUGUGAAGAAGGCACUGCAGUGCCACGCCAUCACUCCAAUCCCGUUGGGGGGGAGCACUAGCACUGCCACGUCGUGCGCUACUCGAUCGCAGGAGACAAGUGAACAUCCGGGGGUUGCUCAUGUACCAAGCCAAAGCGUUGCCCUUUCCGCAGCCAUCCCAGCAUCGACCUCAUCGAGUAGACAGGACGUGUCUGCCACUGCGUCGACACCGCGAAGCCCACACUCGUGCGGUAUCCGCUCUUUUCCCCCCACCUCUGGUGCAGGUGGUCAUCGGACGGCGCUGGAGUCGCUGUUGCUCAGGCUCGGCUCAUCUGUGCCGCUGCCACUAGCGAGGUUCUUCGGGGGUACGGUGGUUGUGCCAACCGCUGCAACGCUUUAUUGUAGCAACUUACUGAAGUCUGAGAAUGUCCCCAAUACAUCGUCCGAAAAAGACAGAAGCACAACGAGGGUGCAACCACGAUUAAACCUUGACAAGACUGCCGCGACGGGUCAGCCGAGCGACGCGUCCGGGGUUUUCACCUCUUGCAACCGCGAGCGGCUAACUGCCGUGGUGGCGAGGAGCAGAACAACAAGGGAGGACUUCGAGACGAAGGCUACGGAGCCACAGCUCCGUGACGCAGAGCUGUGUCACUUCAGGUACUCGAAGGAGUGCCAACUGGACGAAUGGAUGCUUCGCCCCAACUCCUUUGCCCUCAACCCAUACACUAGCCGCUACGCGUCCUCGUUGUGGAGCCCCUGUUCCGUUGCAUCAGGCAGCGACAUCUUCUACCCGAUGGAUGAUGUAAAGAAGACACGGCCUGCUCUUUCUUUCCCAGCGGUGGCUCAUCAGUAG